AUUUUUUUCUGCAUAGCGCAUACCAUACAUAGCACGGAAUACAGUGUGACCCCAUCCCACACCAACAUGAUAGGCAGAUCCCGGGGUCGGUGUGGUGUGGCUGAACUGAAAAUUAAAACCCCCGACUGGGGCCAAAACACCGCCGACCCCGUUUUAGCCACCGUGUUUAGAGGAGUUCGCAUUUUAUAUAAAUAGGUGGGCUGUCUUUUCUUUCUGACACUUCACCAUCUUCAUUCUACCAUAUUUUCAACCUCUAUCAAUUUUCCAGAACAGUAUAUACAUAUACACAACCGCCAAAAUGGGCCUCAUGGACAAAAUCAUGGACAAAGUCAUGGAAAAAGCCCAAGGCGGCGGCGGCGGCGGCGGCUACAGCGAACAACCCUCCCAAUCCUACGGCGGCGGUGACUCCGGCUACAGCUCCGGCCCCCCUCCAGGAGACCUUCCUUAUCCCUGGGUCUCACGCUAUGAUCCGAACAGCGGGCGCACAUACUACGUGAACGAGCAGACCAGUGAGACGAGCUGGGAGCAUCCUGGUUCCAGCGGUGGUGGUGGUGGUGGUGGAUACGGAGGAGGGGGAUACGGUGGUGGAUAUGGUGAGAGCUCUGGAUAUGCGCCGCAGGAGCAGGAGCAGAAGAAGGAUCAUAGUAUGCUUUAUGGGGCUGGGGGUGCGGCGUUGGGGUUGGCGGGUGGUGCGUUGGCGAUGCAUGAGGGGGAGAAGAUUCACGAUGGAUGGGAGGAUAAGAAGGAUGACAUUCAAGAGGGUGUGCAAGAUUUCCCUGAGAAUGCCGCCCACUGGACUGGUGAAAAGGUCGGCGAAGCCGAAGAAAUCCCCGACAACAUCGAAGAAGGCUGGGACCGCUUCGGAGACAAGGUCGAGAACAGCUGGGACAGCACCGUAGACAAUGUCGAAGAUGCUCCCGAGAACGUCGCCGAAUGGACAGGUGAGAAGGUCGGGGCUGUGGAAUCAUUUGGCAGUGAUAUCGGGGAUGCGUAUGAUGAGGGUGAGGCUGAGGGACGGGGUGAUGAUGACUGGUGAUUGCCUCGCGAGCAUGAGGACUAGGAUUUGGGAUGAUUCGGUAUAAAAGUGCAUAAAUGUAGCACUGACUGGUUAUGAAAUUUUGAUAUCCAAAUGAAGAAUAUGAUUACUGGACA